AUGACGACCUACUCGACCGACCCAGCUCUGUACAUCUUCACCUCUCUCACCGCCGGCUCCUCGCAUAUCGUGACGGCGACAUCGCGGCUGGAAACUAUCUUGCGAGCCAAUAGAGUUCCCUUCAAGGCAGUUGACAUUGCGACAGAUGAAAAGGCACGUAUGCUUUGGGGCCGGAGGGCCGGUAAGGAUGAUGGAGGGCGCUUGAGGAAACUUCCUGGUUUGGUGCAGGAGGGACUGGUACUAGGUGACCUGGUUGAGAUUGAGGACUGGAACGAAUACGGCGAACUUAAGCAACACGUCAAAAUAUACUACGACGAACACACCAUCCCUAACAUCCACAAUAAACCUCCCGAGCCGCCGAAACCGCAAAGACCAGCUGCAAAACCAGCCGUGGCCAGCACCACUGCUGCUGCUUCGAAGGCUUCUCCAGCUCCGCCUGCACCACCGAUGCCAGAGUCCAAAGCAGCUACAGAUGCUACCACGAAACCCAAGGAUGGUCCUGUCGAGACGGGAAAACAGACUACACUUCCGAUGCGGUCUGUCGCCGACGAGGCUGCACAAAAGGCAAAGGAGAUGCGUCUCAAAACUCUGCGGGAGAAGGUCCACGGCAAGAAGGCAGAAGACAGCGGGUCGGAGUCUUCAAGCAAAACUAUUACAGCCAAGCCUGAAAAGGAAGCGGAAGAUAAAGACGGUGCCACAGAGGAGAAGCCGCAUGGUUUGCAGUCCCCUACUAGCGGUGCCUGGAAGCAUAAGUCUGGUGACGAUGCUCUUCGUGAGACGGUACAGAGUCCAACAAGUGGUAAAUGGCGGCCGAAGUCAGGGGACAUGAGCGGAGUAACUGCGCAUAAUCGGGCGGCCGUAACGGCUAGUGACGAGGAAAUAAAGAAGGCGGAGGAGGAAUUGAUAAUAAAGGAGGAUCCAGAGGAAGAAAAGGCCGCGGAAACUAAUAAGGGUUCAAAAGAGAAGGAGGUGGAAGAGGAUGAUGAUGACGAUGAAGAUGAGGAUAGCGAGGAAGAUGACGAUGAAGACGAGGAAGACGAUGAGGAUGAGGAAGAGGAGGAGGAAGAUGAUGACGACGAUGAAGAUGAGGAGGACGAAGACGAGGAGGAAGAGAACGAGAAGGAUGAAGCAAAAGAGACAAAGAAGGAGAAGACAGAGAAACCGGCGACUUAA